AUGGCGAUUCCGACACAGUUUGCAUACAGAACACUGAAGGGGAUUGGUAUCUUGGAUGCCGUGCCCGUCUAUGAACCUUUGCCUGGUUUCCAAAGACCCGAAGGUAACUCUCGAUGCUGUACCUACUCGCCAUGCGGUCGGUACUUUGCUUGGGCUUCCAAUGACGGAGUGAUUGUCGUUGAUACGUUUGCUGGAAACGUCAUUACUAGCCUUCCCACGCCAAAUGUCUACGAAUUGGGCUUCUCUCCUCGCGGCACAUUCAUCAUUACCUGGGAGCGACCUUCGAAGGAUGACAAUGGAGAUGCGGUCAAGAAUUUGAAGAUUUGGUGUACCGUGGAGGAUGUACCGGAGGGUUCGGAGAAGGAGGUCGUAGGGAGAUUUGUGCAGAAGUCGCAAACCAAUUGGAACCUUCAAUACACUUUCGAUGAAAAAUAUUGCGCCCGAAAUGUCACAAAUGAGAUUCAAUUCUACGAGAGCGGCGAUUUGCGUACAGUUUGGCGUAAGCUUUGUGUAGAAGGUGUGGCAGAUUUUGCAGUUUCUCCCGGCAACAAUUAUUCUGUGGCAGUCUUCGUUCCAGAGCGUAAGGGACAACCAUCUGCCGUCAAAGUUUACAACGUUCCUCAGUUCGAUGCCCCAGUUUCACAAAAGACUUUUUUCAAAGGCGACAAAGUUCAAUUGAAAUGGAAUCAAUUGGGUACAACCUUGAUCGUUCUCGCGACAACAGAUGUUGACAAGUCGAACAAGAGUUAUUAUGGAGAGACUACGCUAUAUGUGUUGAGCGCAAAUGGUGGAUUCGAUUCUAGAAUCACUCUUGAUAAGGAGGGCCCAAUUCACGAUGUUUCAUGGUCACCAAACUCGAAAGAAUUCGGUGUCAUUUACGGAUACAUGCCAGCGAAGACAACUAUCUUUAACCAAAGAGCUGUUGCAACUCAUACAUUUCAACUCGGUCCCCGCAACACGAUUUUGUUUUCUCCUACUGGUCGAUUUGUUUUGGUAGCCGGUUUCGGAAACUUAGCCGGUCAAAUGGAUAUCUACGACAUCGAAAAGGAUUACAAGAAGGUUUGCACAAUUGAAGGUGGAAAUCCCAGUGUUUGCGAGUGGAGUCCUGAUAGCAAGUAUAUCUUAACUGCUACAACCAGUCCUAGAUUGAGAGUUGAUAACGGUGUUCGAUUAUGGCACGUCACAGGUGGAAUUAUGUAUAACGAGGAUAUGGUUGAAUUAUACAAUGUCACAUGGAGACCACAACGCCCCGAAAGCUUCCCGGCUGGAGAUUUUUUGAGUCCAAUUCCUCAAUCGCACCCAUCGGCUGUCGCUUACUUGGGUACGGUGAAGACCCCAUCCAAGCCAGCAGGUGCUUAUCGUCCUCCCGGAGCACGUGGCUCGGCUACACCAUCUCACUUCAAGCGUGAAGACGAGGGUGGUUCUGCUCAUAUCGUUAGCAAUGGUACAUCCAUGGUCAACACCAACGGAUUCGGUCGAUCUCGUAGACAAGUUCCUGGUGCUGAUUUAACCGAUAACUCUGUCCCAGGAGCUACACCGGGCGUUUCAGGUGCUGCCGAAGAUGAAAAUCUUUCCAAAGCCGCACUCAAGAACAAGAAGAAGCGCGAAGCAAAGAAGGCAAAAGACGCAGAAGCCAAAUCAGGUGGUCUUGGCGCUGGAACUUCAGAUGCACCAAGAGGUCCAGGUGGUAGCCCAGACCGAAGAGAUCGUCAACGUAGUCGCUCAAAGACUAACAACAACAUACGUUCUCCAUCUCAACCCCGUACUCACGGUAACGGUGGCCCUCACAACCUCCACCAACACCCUCACCCUCACCCCCAUCAAAACCAACGCCAAAACGGAGGUGCAUCUCCUAACGGAGGUGCGGGUACCCUAGGUGGAAUAAAGAAUCUUUCAAUCAACUCGAACCAAAACCCAAUCACUCCAACUCAACAAUUCGCAACCCCAGAGCUGUCAGUCACCAGCCCAGGUGGUGAUGGUAGUCCAUCGGCUAAGAAGAAGAGAGGAUUACAGAAGAAGAUCAGAGCAAUUGAGGAUUUGGAGAUGAGGAGAGCUGGAGGAGAGAAGUUGGAAGAUACGCAAGUUAAGAAGAUUGCUACGAAGGGGACAGUCCAAGCGGAGUUGGAGGCGCUUGAUAGGGACUAA